AGAGAGAAACUGAGAAAUAAACGUGUGGGACAUCGACGUGAUCAUAAUGCUGCUACUCAACAAGUAGAGGAGAAGACAGGUCCUAGUUCAGAUAGUUUAGGACAAAAAGGUAAGCAUCUAAGUUUGUCAUUCAUUUGGUUUUUACUGAUGUAGUAAAAGACAAGUCUUUCAAAAUGAUAAGUAGUUGACGUCCUUUGUUAAUAAAAGAUUAUAUUUAGAGUUUUUCAAUGUAAAAACUUGAAGUAAAAGUGAAAAUGUGGCGUAUGUGAUGUGUUUGUCACCUUUUGAAACUGAAGGAAUUUCCCCAGGUGGCAGAUGAUUGGGUGUAACUGCCAGGCUUGGAGAUGCAAUGAUAGUGUGUUUUUGUUUUAACAUUCCAGCAGCAUGCCUGCAACUAGAUGGAGCAGAAGCACAAAAUGACCUACUGUCACAAAGUUGUCACAAGUUGUGACAGUUUUCUACUUAUUAGUUUGCCAGGUCAUUAUUAAUUGUUAAUUACAUGUAUCAUACAGGAAUGUUAAAGGAGCUGAGAUUCACUUCAAAUACAUUGACCAGCCACUUUAUAUAAGUGGAUAUAAUUAAUUAAUCUAAUGACAUGAGUGAAACAACAAAUUUAAACAGACUGCUGCACAGUUUCCAUAUGUGGACUAGUUAGUGAAUGGUAUGUUUUGAACUCCUAUCAGUGUUUACAUAUGACUUCAAGCUCCUUUAUUUAAAAAAAGCAAGAGAAAAUUUUAAUUGAUGUGGGUCAUUUAAAGUGUACAAAGAAUCAACCAUGUCAUCUCUGACUACAUGAGGACAAAUGCAUCUAUGGAUAUUAUCCUUUUAGCAAGGACUCCCUUGAAAAGAGGGAGUAUUAGAUUUUCCUCCCUAUUACAUUUUUACAUCAGGUUACCUUAAUCAGCUAAUAGCAUUUAAAUGAGGUUGGACAUGUAUACAAAGAAAAAAAGUACUCUAGAAAAAUGUACCAUUUUAGAUCCUAAAAGAAACACAUAUUCUAAUCUUUACCCUGUAAAAGAGUGUUUCCUUACAAAGUUACCUCUACAUUUAGCAAAUGAACAUAGUGAGAGGUUAUGUAAUGUUUGUGUCUUAAUUUUGGCUGUGUGUCCAGGAGCUGGUGUCCAUCCACAGAGCCCAUGUGGACAUAUCGUCAAAUCCUCAAGUCUCAUUUAUAUGGCAAAUCAGUGCCUAAAGAAAAAAAACCUAGACUUCAGUUGUCCAGUGUGCGAGGAAGAGUGGAGCUGGUCUCAGGUCAGAGGUCAGCUCCAGCUCUCUCAGGCUCAGACUGUGAUUCUGGACACACAGGUCAACCGCAUCAUACAGGACCUGCCUGACAUUUACAAGAAGUGUCCAGUUUGUUUGAGUAUCCUGCGUCGCCCUAUGGACAGUGCUCGGCGCCCCUGCCCUUACUCCAGCUGUGUGCACUGUCCUCACACUCAUCACUUCUGCUGGUCCUGUCUCGCCCCGUGGGUCUUCCCUAACGCUGCCAGCUCCGGUCAGUGCAGCAACCGAUCCUGUCAUGUAGUGGCCACCCUGCUGGCAUGUGAGACUGUGACGGAUGCUGGCAGUUCAGUUCUGGGCUGCCCUGUGUUUCGGGCUUGUCCUCAGUGCUACACACUCAUCACACCCCAGCCGGACUGUAAAUUUGUUUUGUGCCCUGAAUGCUUUCAUCGCUUCUGCUACAUCUGCCUGGACAGUGAAACAGAAUGUGCAAAGAGAGAAGAUCCCUACCAGAGUCCAGCCUGUAAGAAACCCAGAGCAGAACGCCAGAAAUUCAUCACAUAAAUACAAUCUAUAGAAGGUUCUGUAUACUAUGGAAUCAUCUGAUGUCCAGAUGAGUUAUUAGAAGGACAUUACACUUUAAAUGUUUGGAAGCACUUGUCAUAUUAAUAACUCUUGUUACAGUCUUAUGCAAAAAGUUUCAACACCCCAGUCAAAUUACAUGUUUUAUUAAUUUUCUAAAUGAAAACAAGUUAUUGCAUCUACUACAUGGAACAAACUUCUUAAAAUUUUAGUGCACAAUUUCUAUAUUU